AUGAAGCCAGUGGUAGCAUCCGGCAAAGCCUGGUUCUGCACAGUUGUAUCUGCGUUCGGCAUUGUCAUCUUGUCAGUCAUUGCGCAUUUGUUCAAUGUCGGCCACGAAUCGUUUGUAGGGUCGAUCAACGAUCCUGAAGACGGUAAAGCAGUUGCACACACCGUUUUCAUUGCCGUGCUAGUCUACGUUGUGUUUUUCGUAUUCUGCGGCUCCCAAAUUUGGCUGGCCAAGAAAAACUCCUCAAUCGAAUUGCGUUGA